AUGAAAUGUAUCUAAUCGAUAUUCCAUUAAUGGAGCCACAACUCAAUCUUAUCAGCGAUAAUACUUAUGUGACAUACCAAAUUAACCUAGAAAAUGAACAAAUGAAGUUGCCGUUAUCGUGUUCUAAAAUUUUCACAAUGGAAUAUGCUAAGUGUUUGUCAGUUUUGUUUAUGCUUGGUGUAGUGAGUUGUGAUCUAUGUGAAAAGAAUAUAGAAAAUUUGUUUACAAGUGAUAAUAGGAGGUGCCAAGCACAAUUCAACGGUACAUUCAGUGUGACCACUGUAAGCGUAGAUAAUGAGAGUGAUGUUUUAAAUGUAUUAACUCCCAAUGCAAAUCCGAGCUGUAUAGCCUCAGACACACUAUCAUUAGCUAGUGGUGGAAUUUUGAAAGUCAAGGUUUACUCGAAAUCAAUUGCUGUAGAAGACUACUUGACAGUAUUAGUGUAUGAGACAGAAGAAAACAAUGUUGUUGGCCAAACAACCCUCCUCGAACCCGACAACAGAGUCGGGUAUGGAUGGACCGUUUUAGAAGUAAUAUUAGAGGGGAAACCACAUUACGAUGGUUAUUUCAUGGUCGUUGGGAAAGCUUCUUCAAACUCGGAAAUCCUGGUCGAAUCAAUCUGCUACUACUCUCCUGCAGAACAACAGAAACUACUUCGCGAACUUGCACCUGAAGCUAUACAGGCCGAUUCAAUUUUAAGUCAUCAAGUUCACACUGAGCGAUCAUUUCAAUUUUCUAACACUGAAGAUUUCUGGACACCCCUUACUAUUUCUCUAGCAGUAAUAAUCCCAGUAAUAUUAUUAGCUUUACUAGGAUGGGGUUGCUUCGCUUUAGGGAAAAGGCAGGGGGCUAAAGAGCCUCAAGUAUAUGAAGAUAUUGAUAAUCUUCCAAAGCCGUAUCUUGUUCCAAGAGUCAAAAGUAUGUAUGCAGAAUCCGUCGAAAGCUCUUACGUUGCUAAAAAUAAUAACGUAAACUCUGUUUGAUUCUGACUUGCACUCAGAAAAGAUCAAAUAAUUAAUUGUAUGUAGUUUUUCUUAUUGUAGGAAAUGCCGCAAUGUAAGU